UGUUGUUAACGUCUUAAAAAAAAGUUACACACCUAAUUUUUUUUGUCAACAAAAUAAGCUGUUUUUUCUCCGUAUAUCAUCAAGAAAAGACACGUAUUUAGAUGGAUAAUGGAAGGGCGGUACCGAAUCACCUUGACUUGACUUUGCGUAUACCACAUAUAUAUACAUACAUAUUCAUGAAAGAAACAUAUUUUCUUUGUAAUCAAGUUCUCAAACUAUUAGCUCCUUUUAUUUUUUUCUAGCUUCCUCAACAAAUAACAUUUCUAAAGAGAUGGGAAAAUCUUCAAGCUCGGAAGAAAGUGAAGUGAAGAAAGGACCAUGGACUCCAGAGGAAGACGAGAAGCUCGUCAGCUAUAUACAGGCGCACGGUCCCGGUAAAUGGCGAACCCUUCCCAAAAACGCCGGGUUAAAAAGAUGCGGGAAGAGUUGUAGAUUGCGAUGGACGAACUAUCUAAGACCCGAUAUUAAGAGAGGAGAGUUCUCUCUUCAAGAGGAAGAGACUAUCAUUCAACUCCAUCGUCUUCUUGGAAACAAAUGGUCUGCCAUUGCUAUUCACUUGCCAGGAAGAACAGAUAAUGAGAUAAAAAAUUAUUGGAACACUCACAUAAAAAAGAAACUCUUACGAAUGGGGAUUGAUCCGGUGACUCAUUGUCCAAGGAUCAAUCUUCUUCAACUUUCCUCCUUUCUCACCUCAUCUCUCUUCAAAUCUAUGUCACAACCAGUGAACAUUCCGUUUGGUCUCGCUAAUACAAGUAUUAAUCCCGAACUCUUGAAUCAACUGAAUACCUCUCUAAGCAAUGUUCAAACCGAAUCAUACCAACCUCACCAAGCAAACCAACAGCUUCAAAACGACCACCAAACCAGUUUCACCGGUUUGCUCAACUCAACACCACCGGUUCAAUGGCAAAACAAUGGAGAAUGCUUGGAAAAUUAUCUCAGCUACACCGUUUCUGGUGGCCAAUCUAUUAACCAGGUCCCUCUAACGGGAAACUACUCAUCGGCCAUUAAUGACGGUGAGAAUUAUAAGGUCGGGUGGAAUUUCAGUUCUUCAAUGCUACCGAGCAGCUCGACUCCGUUGAAUUCAUCUUCCACGUCUUUUAUCAAUGUUGGAAGCGAAGAUGACAAAGAGAGUUACGGAAGCGACAUGUUGAUGUUUCAUCAUCAUGAUAAUAAUGCUUUGAAUCUAUCAUAAUAUGUUUCUUCUUCUUCUUGAUCCUACUUGUUUUUUUUUUGUUUUUUAUUGAGGUUUGUAAUUGUGUUACAUAUUUGAAGAAUUUGAUCUUUUUUUAUCUUGGAUAUGUUAUGCUUUAAUUUUACUUCUAGUAUCUUAUAAAAAAAAAUAGUCCGAAGAAUUUUACGCUUGUUUACUCUCAAAA